AUGAAGUUCAACAGAUUCGCUUCGUUCACCUUCUUCUUAUCCGCGUCAAUUGCGAGCGCGUUCUCUAACAACAUCCAACUCAGAGAUGAGGUCGCUAUUCGAGACAAGCCAUAUGCCUACAGCCCUGGCCAAAAUGUUCGAAACGAAGAACGCGAAUAUACUUCCGCCCCCAGGCUAGCCGUCCGAAGCAAAUACAACGUGGAAAGCCUUGCAGGGCGUGGGGCAUACCGACACGUUCUACCAGGGGCGAGAGAGUCCCGUAUCUCCCGGCGCUAUGCCAACGAACGACGCAGCCAGCGCAGCCGCCUUGCCCGCCGCGACGUCAUCUCCGAUGCUAAGAAGGAAGCGUUAAGUUAUCUUCAGGCCAUCAAUACAGGGAACCUGUCUGGAAGCUGGGGCAGCAAUUGGGCUGACCUGCACGGUGACAAUAAGUCUUCGGCUGGCGGCAAGUUCGUUUGCCAGGUACGCAAAGUUGGAGAUAAAUACGAGGCCCGCGUGCGGGCGCACACCAAGUUUGGCCAAUUCAAAGAAGGGUACAUCUUUGGCGAGACGACCGUCGAUGGGUGUAUAAAGGAUAACAAGCCCAGCGCACCCUCUUUCGGUCGUGCUGUCCACUUCUUGAGGACGCAUUUUGGUGGUCCCGCCAAGCCAGCUUGCCGCUAG